UUCAGUGAAUAGAUAGUUUUUUUUAUAAUGGUAUUACUUAGUAUAUAUUUGAUUUCUGUUCGUACAAAGGCAAUUCACUUUGAAAUAAGUGUAAAUUGAAAUCAUGGACGAAAGAUGCUCUGGCCUGGCACAUCUCGUUAAACUUUUGAUUUUUCUACUUGGAUCAAUUCAGCUGGAAUGCUCCAAUUUCAGCCUUUAUCUUGUACCGUAAGUCUUUUAUCUAUAGGUCUAUUUAAAGCAUAAUAUCAUGGCAAAUAUGGCAAUUGAAGAAGUGGUCGAUAGUUAUCGGGAGAUUGCUUCCAUCCCAAAUGUCAUCAGUGGAACCCUAUUGCCCACUGACAAUUCUAAUCGAUACAUACUUGAAAGUAUUUGGCAACAGAAAGAUCUUGAAAGAACUGAAAAUAUUAUAUUUCGAAAGUCGUCUCGAGUGGAUGUCAAAGGUUUAGAAGUAAAGGUUCAUGGCAAAUCUUCCACUUUCACUACACAUGUUACCAGCAAAGAAGUUCUUCUAAAGUAUACAUCUUGUGGAAAAAUGAAGGCCAUUAUUCGAGAGUUUACAGAUGUCGAUAAAAAUAGAGUGCACAUUAUUGAAAUAUGGGACAGCUUUAAAAAAAUUGUGAACGUUAAUUUGAAUGAGGCUGAAAAACAUGGUCCUGUCCAUUGCGAUGAACAAUUUGGAAGUUUAGAUUGGUCAAGUGACAAUAAAAAAAUUCUAUACAUUGCAGAAACUAAAAGACCAAAAUCUGAAUCAUAUUUUAAAUCCAGUAACAAGUAUAACCAAUUUGAUCAUGGAAAUAAACAUGUUUGGGAGGAAUGCUGGAGGGAGCAAUUAACUGAAGCCAUCCGACCAACUAUAUGUGUGUUUGAUGUUUCAACAAAGGAGAUUGUUGUUUGCUCCGAUAUUAUACCUCAAGAUAUUUCAGCUGGACAAGCUAUCUGGCAUCAUGAUUGCGAAUCAAUUAUUUUUGUUGGUUGGUUACAUGGUCCAUACAAGCUUGGUCUUCUGUGGACCACGACUCGUGAGAAUCACAUUUUUCUUUUGAAUACAAAACAGCAGGUUUGCAUCAAAUUAACUCCGAAUGAUAUUUCUGUUCGAAGGCCUCGUUUGCACCCCACAGAUAAUCUCAUCGUAUUUUUGAAAAAUCCAGUAGGAGGCCCGCACUUUCACUGCACUGAACUUGCUUCACUUUGUUUACCAAAGAUAGAUGAUGAAUUAUCUGUUAUUAAAGUACCUAGCCAUCAAGUCAUUGUUGGUACUGUAUUUAUUCCAAAUUCUGAAGAUGAUUUUCCUGGUUUAUAUCUCCUUAAUUUACUCAGUAAUUGCUGGAGUAUUGAUGGACAUCAUUUGUUUCUUUCCAGCUUUUGGAGAUCUCACUAUUGCAUUUUAGACGUUAAUAUUGUUAGUGGAUCUGUUAUGAGAUUGACAAAAUUUGGUUUUUCUACCAUACUGGAUGUGAGAGAUGACUUUAUUGUGAUUGGCUACUCAACGCCAUCAAAUCCUCCAGAGAUAAAAAUUGCUAAGUUUAUAUCUGGUACCGAAAUAAAUUGGACUACAGUAGACCAGCCAUCUAAGGGAAUUGAAAGUCUUACAUGGUCUGUACACUCAUUUAAACCAGAACUAAAAAAUUCAAAAUUUCCAAAUGUCCCGUGUGAGUAUAUUCUCUAUGAACCUGUAUAUGGGAUUUUUAUUCCCAAGCUCAAAAUAAAGUCAUUGAUAGUGAAUCCCCAUGGAGGACCUCACACUCUAGAUGUAGCUGCUUUUGUGCAUGAUAUUGCUGUAUUGUGUAAGCUUGGAUACACAGUAGUGCAAGUAAACUAUAGGGGAUCUAUUGGUUAUGGACAAUCGUCAAUUGAUUCAUUGCCAGGAAACAUUGGUAUGCAAGAUGUAAGCGACGUCCAUCAGGUUGCAAAAAUGUUGAAAAAUGAUCUUAAUAUUGACAGAGUGUUUAUUGAGGGAUUGUCUCAUGGAGGCUUCUUGACUCUGCAACUCAUCAGUCAAUAUCCCGAUUUUUAUUCUGCAGCGUGUGCAAAAAAUCCAGUUACCAAUCUGGCUGCUAUGAGCGAAUUAACAGAUUUACCUGACUGGGUGCCAUGGGAAGUGGAUUCAAAGCAGUUUGAAUUUACUUCUCUUCCAUGCAAAGAAUCCUAUGCGGCUAUGCUGAGCAAGUCACCAAUAUCUCGCAUCAUGAAUGCUAAAGCUCCAUGUUUAGUUAUGCUGGGAAAAUCUGAUUUGAGAGUUCCACCUUCACAAGGAAAGCAAUGGGCAAAGAAAUAUAGGGCUCUUGGUGGAACAUGUAAAGUCCUUGAAUAUGAAAACAACCAUCAUAUUUUAAAUGGAGUAGAAGCAGAAAGUGAUGGGUUUGUUAAUAUGGUCCUAUGGUUUGUGAAAUAUCAAAAUUCUCUUCAAAAGUGAAUUCAUGGUAAUCUGUGUCAUUGAGAUUUCUUCCAGUAAUCGAACGGUGAUAUUAAUAUAAUUUAUUUGCUGUAUUUUGUGCAAAUUGUAAAAACUAUGUGCCUAUAUUUCUCUUUUUUUGGAUUUUCGUGUCAGAAACAGCAGUGUUCUUAUUUGGGAGUCUUUGUAUACUUUGGUACCAUUCGCUUUUUGCUGCCUGUAAUAGUGAAUUCUAAAGGGGAAUUAUCAAUAUCGCUAUUCUACACAUUUUCUAAUCUAAUUCUAACAAUUUACGCGGAUUGAAAAUAAUGUGAAUGUAAGCAAGGCGCAAUGUAGAGUGGCCCUAAACCCAAACAUUUUUUUAUCAACAGAGACAUCUUUAUAUUUUUCAAAUGAAAUUCAUUUGGGUGACAAGACUACUGGUUUAUAAAAUGUGUUCAGUUUUGUUGGGAAUUAUAAGUGCAAGCCAUGUUUAUUAUUGUAUUGUGCA